ACAAAACAUCAAGUGAAGAACCAAUAAAACUAGGAAAGAUGAGGAAAAACAUCCUUGUACUUUUGGUUGCUUCCAUUUUGUUGGUUGGGUGCAUGGGUGGUGCUCAUGGGAAGGGCCAUGGGAAGGGUGGUGGCUUGAAGAUGAAAUAUUAUCAGAAUCUAUGUCGUUCGGUUUCGGUUGAAAAUACAGUUAGGGAUAUUGUAUGGAGCAAGGUUUCUGCAGAUCCUGCCAUGGCUGCCAAGCUUCUAAGGCUUCAUUACCAUGACUGUUUUGUUAGGGGAUGUGAUGGAUCAAUUCUACUGGAUCCUACUCAAAACACAACAACAGAAAAGACUGCUGGACCAAACAGAUCUAUUUCUGGGUACGAAGUAAUUGAUGAAAUAAAGACAAAGUUGGAAGCCAAUUGUCCCGGAACUGUUUCUUGUGCGGACAUUGUCGCCCUAGCAGCUAGAGAUGCGGUUUCAUUCCAAUUUCGAAGGGAAAUGUGGCCGGUUUUUACGGGAAGGAAAGAUGGAAGAGUUUCAUUGGCAUCAGAAGUUGGUGGGAAUUUACCAUCUGCAAACGCUAAUUUCACUACCCUCUUAAACCAAUUUGGAACCAAAGGCCUUAACCUUAACGACCUCGUGACACUUUCAGGGGCACACACAAUUGGGAUCUCACAUUGCACCCUCGUCGCCCGAAGACUCUACAACUUUACAGGAGUCGGAGAUGCUGACCCGUCUCUUGACCCUACUUAUGCACAAACAUUGAGGAACCUAUGCCCAAACCCUAUCAAUCCAAGCACCGCUCUUGAAAUGGAUCCUAACAGCUCUCUCUCGUUUGAUUCAGACUACUACCGGGCGUUAAACCAACAUAAAGGUCUAUUCGUAUCUGAUGCGGCAUUACUCACAAACCGUCAAUCAGCUUCGGUGGCAAAAAUUUUAGAAAACCCAAAACUUUUCUUUGCUCAAUUUGCCAUGUCCAUGGUUAAAAUGGGAGCUGUUGAAGUUCUCACCGGUGGUCAAGGAGAAGUCAGGACAAAUUGUCGAGUCGUUAAUAGUUAACGAUAAAGAUAAGACUUCAUUCCUUGAUUUUGUGUAUCAUGUCCUAUAUAGGACGAUAUUAUUAUGUGUGACAACUUGUAAUAAUUUUGAUUUAAUAAAUUAAAGUGUUUAUUUUGGGUUA